GACGAUACCAGAAGGAAGGCUAUUUUGUGUGAUGCAAGGGUGCUGGUUCUCUGUACUGAUGCAUCUAGAGUCUCAAGAACCAUUUCGCUGAAGGUGGAGGAGAAGAUGUAUGCAAUAGAAGUAGUGGAAGAGGAAUGGCGAUCGGAUCCGGACUGGUGGCUGACGGAGGAAGACCGGUGGAGCGUGAUGAGCACUACAUCGGAAACUCAUUCAUUGUCGAGCGAAGAUGACGGGAAUGGAUUAUUCACCAACGGGAUUUGCGGCGAGGAUGAAGACAGUUUAGAUGCUGAGUCAUUACAUAAAGAAGGAUUUUUGAAUCAAAGAUUGCAAGAAGUAACGGCAUGCAUUAAUAAUGCUGGAUUUGUUUUGCCGCGGGAAGUUGGAGAAGUAAAUGGGCAUGUUGUAGGCGAGGAGAAUGAUGAGGGGUUUGGGCUGGAUGGGGGUGAGGUACAUAACGGGCUGGAGGGGAGUUAUGGGCUUUCUAAAGGCCCAACAAAUGAGGAAGAUAAGGAUAAAGAGGAAGAGUCAACGACAGAGGAUCUAGAGAAUUCUAGCACAAUCCACAAAGAAAAAUUCAGGGACGGGAAGGGUAAAAGAAGAAGAAAAAUUGCAGAUUGUUACUUGGAGGGGUUAUCUAAAAUCCGGACAGAGAAGGCCGACUGGGUCACGACACGGACAAAGCAGAGGCAAGCAAGGCGGGCAAAUAGGGCUCAGAUGGUGACCGACGAAGUGGUGAAGAGAGCUGGAAGUGUAUCGGUGUCGGAUGGUUGCAUUGAGCACCGAAACCAGGUAAUAAAACGCGAUCUUAACUUGCAGGAGGUGAGGAAGAUGAUGAGUAUAGGGAGAAGAUUGGGUAUGCAAUUCCAGGAAAAUGAGGAGGAGAUUGAAUCUAGAUUAUGUGUGAUGGAGGAACGUGAUGAGAGGCAGGGGAAGCAUCAGGGUCUCGGGAGUAUGCUGAACAGGAGGGAAGUGGAGAAAUUAGUGCGGUUAGAAAGACCAGAUUUUCUGUUUGUACAAGAAACCAAAAUGGAAGAGAUUGAUGAGGGUCUUUGUAAAAUGGUGUGGUAUUCGAAUGGGUUUGAGUGGGUUGUGAAGAGGUCUUUAGGGGCUUCAGGCGGGCUGCUCUGCGUGUGGGACGGGAGGAAUUUUAGUAAGCUGGGUCACUUUACAGGGGAUGGGUAUCUGGGAAUAAAAGGGCUUUGGGGAGUGAAGAAGGAACUGUGUUACCUGGUGAAUGUUUAUGCUCCAACUAAUAGAAAGAAAAAAGCUGAGUUAUGGGAUGAGUUGAGGCAAAUGAUUAUGGACGAAGGAGGAAGAUGGCUGAUUGCAGGGGACUUUAAUGCAGUAAGAAGCUGUGAAGAAAGGAGAGGUAGAACAGGGGAGAGUCCGGAUAUGAAGGAGUUUAACGAUUUUAUAGAGGCAGUGGGGUUGGUGGAUCAUAAAUUGGCAAAUCGAAGGUUUACCUGGUAUAGACCAGAUGGCUCAGCUAUGAGCCGAUUGGAUAGGGUUUUGCUGACAAGUGAGAUGGACGAAUGGGGUGGAGAAUGGGUGCAGCAGGGUUUAAGAAGAACUAUCUCUGAUCAUUGUGCAAUCAUUAUGAAAACCAAAGUAACGGAUUGGGGGCCUAAACCAUUUAGGGUGCUUGAUGCUUGGCAACAACAUCCAGAGUUUAAGAGGGUGGUUGAGGAACAGUGGAAUGCAAUGGCAGUGGAUGGGUUUGCAGGCUUCAGAUGUAAACAAAAAUUGAAGAUGUUGAAAGAGUUCUUGCGAGAAUGGAACAAAGGGGUGUUUGGAGAUAUAGAGGCUCAAUUUGAAAGGGCAGCAACUAAAGUUGCAAGUGUAGAUAUGAAGAAUGAAGAUUUUAUGCUGGAAGAAGAUGAGGUACAUGAAAGACAGGAGGGCUUCCAAGAGAUAUGGGACAUUUUGAGGAAAAGAGAAACUUUAUGGAGGCAGAAGUCAAGAAGUAACUGGGUGAAAUUGGGGGAUGCAAAUACCAGGUUCUUCCAUAAAAUUGCAAAUGGACGAAAGGCUUGCAAUGGCAUUGUAGGGCUCUCGUGUGAUGGACAAUGGGUGGAGGAGCCAGAGAUGGUAAAAAAGGCGGCUGUUGAUUACUUUCAAAAGUUGUUUUGUGGAGAAUCAUGGAAUCGUCCAAAACCUGCCGGUAUUACUUUCAAGCAGAUAAUUGAGGAGAUGAGGGUUUGGCUAGAAAGACCAUUUUCGGUAGAAGAAAUCGAGGACGGAUUGAAGAAUUGUGAAGGGAAUAAAGCACCAGGACCGGAUCGUUACAACUUCAAUUUUAUCAAAUUUGCCUGGAAUAGCUUGAAGGAGGAUUUUGUAAGUUUCUUUGGGGAGUUCCAUCAACAUGGCAGGUUAGUAAAGGGUCUAAAUUCUUCCUUUUUGACGUUGAUUCCUAAAAAGCUGAACUCUGUGGAAUUAAAAGAUUUUAGACCUAUUAGCCUGAUUGGGUGUAUUUACAAACUAUUAGCAAAGGUGUUGGCAAAUAGGCUUAAGAUGGUCAUGUCACAGAUUAUUAGUAAUACUCAGUCUGCUUUUGUUGGGGGGCGUCAGUUGGUUGAUGGGGUGUUAGUCUUGAAUGAAGUUGUGGAGGAGGUCAAGAGACGAAAGCACCAAGCUUUUAUUUUUAAGGCAGAUUUUGAAAAGGCCUAUGAUUGUGUUGAUUGGUCUUUUCUAGAUUGGAUGAUGAACAGGUUUGGUUUUGGAGUGCGAUGGAGAGGAUGGAUAAAAGAGUGCCUUUCAACAGCCAGAAUCUCGGUGUUAGUGAAUGGAAGCCCAACCGAGGAGUUUAGGAUGGGUAAAGGAUUAAGGCAAGGGGACCCUCUAUCUCCUUUUCUGUUUCUGAUGAUAGCCGAGGGGCUACAUGGUCUAGUUAAAAAAGCUGAGUUAGAGGGCCUGUUACAUGGAAUUGAUGUGGGUAGUAAGGGAUUGAAUAUUUCGCUGCUCCAAUUUGCAGACGAUACCCUGAUUUCGGGAAAAGCAAAUGGAGAGAAUAUUUUUACGGUGAAGACCAUUUUAAGGGAGUUUCUGUGGGGUGGGGCUGAAUUAAAGAGGAAGAUUUCUUGGGUUAGUUGGGAGAUGGUAUGUCGUAGUAAGGAGAAGGGUGGGUUAGGAGUCAUGGACUUGAGGAGGAGGAAUUGGGCACUUUUAGGGAAGUGGUGGUUUAGGCUGGGUGAGGGUGAGGGAGGUGAGAGCUUAUGGAAACGGGUUGUGUGGGAUAAAUAUUAUGGGGGUCGGAGGGAGGUGGACAUCAGGGCCGUGGAGAGUGUGAGGAUGUCUAGGAUUUGGAGGGAUGUUAUUAGUGUCGGGGGGAACUCUAUCAAAUUACAAGACAUGUUAGGGAAGGGGUUUAGGUGGAUGGUUGGUGAUGGAAGGCAAGUAGGGUUUUGGCGCGAGAUUUGGGUGGGGGAUAUAUCUCUAAAGGAGUUAUGCCCGAGGUUAUUCGAGCUAGCUAUGAAUAAGGACGGUAUGGUUAGUGAAAUGGGGUUGUGGGAAAGGGGUUUAUGGAGAUGGAAUGUUGAUUGGAGAAGAGGGAGGUUGGGUCGCGAGAGGGGGGAGGAGGCGGUGUUGUGGGAGGUGCUAAGCAGAGUACAAAUCACGGAAGGUCGCGUAGAUUGCUGGACGUGGAGGCAUGAUGUGGAAGGGAGAUACGCGGUGAAGACGGCAUAUGAGUUUUUGUCACCAAUGGAGUCCAUCCUUCCUGAUCAAAUUUGUAAUGUCCUGGUGGGGUCUGCAGGUUGUGAUGCCAAAUACAGUGGGAGGGGUGAUGGAGCUUUUCUUAAUAAAGGGGAGUGUAGGGAUGGUUUGCUCCAUAUGAUUCAGUCCAAAACAUUUUUAUGGAUUAAAACAAAGGUGGCUGGUAGUGUCUUCUCAAUAGUUGAUUUGAAACUUAAUCCACGGGAGUGUGCUGCUGCCAUGAGGAAGCAUAGAAGCUUGUUGAGAGCGUUCCAUAAGCACAAAGACGGAAAGCAUGAUGAGUAGUGUGCUUGGACUGUGUUGGGUUACAUGGUUUUUGGGAUUACAUUGUUUUAGUUAGAAUUUUGUUUUUGUUUGUCAUUGAGUUGGAGUACCCCUUGUACUCUAUCUAAUUAAAUAUAUUUUAUUUUGCUGA